ACUCAACAGUAGUGUCAAUGAUGAUAAUUCUAAAUUAUUAUCACUCAAUGCACAAUUGAAAACAAAAACUAUUGAUAUAAAUCUCAAUACGACAAGACAAUUUCUUCAUCUUAUGAAUCAAAGGUAUGCGAAGAUGAAAGCAAGUAAACUUCUAGCCAAAAGUUUGGGUAAAGGCCCAUGGCAUGCUCAGCUUAUGUUAGCCAUAUUAUGCCCACUUUUGGAGUUUUAUGAAUGUGAAGAUGUGGUAGAGUACAAAAAUGAUUUUUUGCAGGAAAUGUCUAGUGAGGCUGAAAUUAUCUCUGUUACCCAAGAUGAGGCCACUCUUUAUGCGAAUAAUAGUGUGAAGCAAUAUUGGAGCCCAAAGGGUGAAUAUGGCCUACAGAGAAAAUCACAAGGCCUCAGUAUUUACAUUAGCGAUUUUGUGUAUGAAACUAUUAGGCGUCUCAAACUUUCAGACUAUGAAAUUGCUAUAAAUGACUUACUUCCUGAUUCUAUAUGUUUUAAAUAUACCGAAGCAGGUGUUGCCAUCUAUCUAGGCAUAAAUCAUGAUACACUAUUCAUGUUUGAUAAUAGUAGCAAUCAUGGUUCAUUUGCUGAAGAUGCUCUUUUAGUCUUGCAAAUGGGUAUGAAAGAUGGUACAAAAAAACUACUUCUUUGUACUAGUAAAUAUCGUGAUGGUUCCGAGUAUGUAAUGACCUAUAGAAACAGUAAUGGUGUAUUAAAGCCUAAGGGAAUUAGACGGGCUCUUGAAGAAAGAGGUUUAUGGAUACCAGACCUUAUAAAAAAGUGUAAUACUUGUAAAAAAAAUAAGCCUGAUCCAACCAAUCUAAACUGUUGCACUUCGCAUAUUCUUUCAGCUCAAUCUGACUUUGCAUCUCAAAGAUCACACUUAUGA